AUGGAGAAGAUAAUAUCUCCAAUGCAAGCUGCUUAUGUACCAAGAAGAUUGAUCUCUGAAAAUGUUUUUCUUAUCCAAGAAAUGGUUCAUUUUAUGAAGAAACAAUCAGGAAGAGUGGGUUCUUUUGCUUUAAAGAUGGACAUGUCAAAGGCUUUUGACAAAUUGUAUUGGAAUUUUCUUUUGGAAGUCUUGGAAAAAUUUGGUUUUAGUGACAAAUGGUGUCAUUUGAUCCACCAGUGCAUCUCAACAACACAAGUGGAAGUACUUUUAAAUGGUUCUCCAUAUGAUUGUUUGCUCUUUGCCAAAGCUAAUCUGGAUCAUACAAGGAAACUAGUUGAAGUUAUUGAAGAGUUUAGUAAUUGUUAUGGACAAGUUAUUAACUUCAAUAAAUAUUCAAUAUACUUCAGUAACAAUGUCAGUCCUUCUUCUAGUGAAACUUUAGCUGGAAUUCUACAAGUUCCUAUCAUGGAUCCAAAAGAGAAAUAUUUAGCUGAGAAAAUGGAAAAGAGAUUAUCUAAAUGGAAUUCCACUAAUCUUUCUGAGCCAGGCAGAUCAGUUAUGGUCAAACAUGUCCUCAAUGCCAUUCCUGUUCAUCAUAUGACAUCUUUCAAGUUACCAGAUCAAACUAUCAAAGAGAUUAAUACUAUGCAGGGAAAAUUCUGGAGAACGAAUGACUCAAAUAAAGGUGCAAUUAUUUCAUGGACCAACUUAAGCAGAGAUAAAGAGGAUGGGGGUCUUGGUUUCAGAGAUUUGGAAUGCUUUAACAAAGCUUUACUCUCCAAAUCUGCUUGGAGACUUUGUACAAUAAGUGAUGAUUUGUGGUCUAAAGCUAUGGGUGCUAAAUACUACCCAAAUGAUGAUAUAUUUCAACAUACAGUUAAAGAUUAA